GUUUGUAGGUGAUUCUAUCUCCAGAAGCAGAUCCGCCGGUUGUCAAAAUGAUGGAUUACAAUAAGUAUAAGUAUGAACUGCAAAAGAAGAAAAAGGAGCAGCAAAAGAAAAAUGCUGCCAGCCGCAUGGAUUUGAAGGAGCUCAAAAUGGGUUACAAUAUUGAUUCUCAUGAUUAUUCAGUGCGUUUGAGAGCUGCUCAAAAGUUUUUGAAAGAUGGUGACAAGGUAAAAAUCAUAGUGAACUUAAAAGGCCGUGAAAAUGAGUUCAGAAAUAAUGCUAUUGAGCUAAUAAAGCGUUUUCAGAAUGACAUUGGCGAGCUUGCAACCGAGGAGAACAAAAGUUUCAGGGAUAGGAACAUGUUCAUAGUAUUGGUACCGAAUAAGGCUAUUGUACAGAAAGGUCAAGAGCAACCGAAGAAAAAGGAAAAACCAGCAACUGAAGUUUCAGCCAGUGUUUGAGCAUCAGAUGAAUUUAUUAGCAGAUAAUCAUAUGCAUAUGUUUCUAAAGUGAAAUGUGAGAUGCCACCCUGAUAUAUGUCUUGUAUAGAAUUAGUCAAAUACAAGUCUGUAAUAGGAUAUACACUUGUGUAGUGUCUGUAAUAGUAGCAAGAAACAUUCAAGUUUUUGUAGUAACAUCUAAUAGGUGAAGUUGAAGUAAGUUGAGCUUUACUUCACUUGUUAUAUUUCACGCGUUGGCAUGAGGAAUUUGAAUAUUCUCCAA